GGCCAUUCCGAUCCCGACCUCGGUGAAAAGCGCAAGGACUACCUACCUACUCCCGUACCUUUUUCAGGGCCAGCACGAGAGAGAGAGAUACACUAUUACGUGAAGUACGACUGGUUAUAUUCGACGCGAUGUGGUGCUUGAGUUACGUGGCCUCCUUCCUCACACUGCUGGUCGUUCAAGCGAGCGCCGAUGACAGGUUCACCUGCUGCAUGGGGGGCUGGAAGGAGAUGCGCGGAGUGACCCUAUGCCCAGCACCCUGCUGCCCGGGGUACGAGGAGAGGGCGCUCAAAAUGCCCCUCCUAAAGUCUCCGGUCGUUUGUCACAAACUUACGGAAGAGGAACUGAAAAAGAAGGAGGCGGAGAGAAUGACGACCGUCUCUCCGGCCAGCGAAAAGGAAAUGAUGGAUGAGCCCCGCCGCAUCAUCCGAGCAUCGUCUGAAUACGAGGAGUUUCUGUACCGCCACCGCCACUUCUUCCUGAGCCUCCUAAACGAAGGAUACUCGCGCAAGGAGCUCAUUACUAACCUGGAGCAGUUCCUGAAUCGAAUUACAUCUGUCAUGUACCAACCUAAUUGGUUUCGUGGGUGAGGAAGUCUAACAAAUGAAUUGUUCUCUCUCUCUCUCUCUCUCUCUCUCUCUCUCUCUCUCUCUCUCUCUCUCUCUCUCUCUCUCUCUCUUUUCCUAUGCAGUUUUCGAGUCUAUUUAUUUUUGUUCAUUGCUGGAGGCUUUCAAUGGUAACAGGUAGAGGGCUAGUACUACAUAAUCAGACUUCAGGAAAGGAGUGGGUACAGGGAGGGCAAACGUCUCGUUGGGCCUAAAGAUUAAUUUAACAAAGAUACUCAUUUGAAGGUGAUGAAGUAU